CAUUUCACAGUGUUCAUUCUGCAACAACAGAAACGAAACGACCCUCCGUUUAUUCUUUUCUUUCUCUUAUAAAUGAAAACCACAUCUCUCUGAUUAAUACGCACUCUCGCUCAAAGCAUAAUAAGGUGAGUUUGAAUUUGGUUGGGAGGCUCGAAAUAAUGUCGUCGACGACGCAGAAUCGUCGUUCGUCCUUUACUUCCUCGACAGCGUCGUCUUUGGCAAAAGCGAAACGACUUCCAUCUUCGGUGUCGUUGUGGUCGUCGUCGGGGAAGGCGAAGAGGGUUACUACUCAGAACGUGGCUGUGAAGAGAGCGCCUCUCGCCAACCUCACCAAUCAGAGGAACGCGUCUUCUUCUUCUUCUUCUUCUUUGGUGCAAGGUGGUUCAAUUAAAGUUUCCAAGACCAAGAAAGAGGCUCCUGCAAGAACCAGCAUCACAAAAUCAACAAUUUCUUGGAACAAAUUACCCGAGUUAAAAUCUGUUAACUCAAGCUCAGUUGUUAUUCCAAGGGCUAAUUCUUUACCACGAAGGAAGGAUGCUGCUCCCACAGUUGCCACAUUCGCCGUGCCUGUCCAUAGCAGUAUCGAUGUUUCUCCUAGUAAAAUAGAUGGAAGGUCCGUUUCUAUGGAUGAGACAAUGUCUUGUGAUUCUAUCGAGAGUCCUGAUGAAGUUGAAUAUAUGGAUAACAGGGAUGUUUCAGAUGUUCAUUCAAUUCAGAGAGAGAUAACAAGCAAUUUAAACAUUUCUGAUACCAAAGAGCCAGAAGGAGACGUAUGUAGUAGGGAAAUAAUUGUUGAGUUGGAAGAAAGAGUGGACAAGAUUGUCAAUAUUGACAAUAUUUACUCCGAUACGCAGCUUUGUGCAACCUAUGUUUGUGACAUCUACAAGCACCUACGUGAAUCUGAGGAAAAGAAAAGGGCUUCCCCUGACUUCAUGGACAGAAUUCAGAAGGACAUAAAUGUUGGCAUGCGUGCUAUAUUGGUUGACUGGCUUGUUGAGGUGGCUGAGGAGUAUCGUCUUGUACCUGAAACAUUGUAUUUGACAGUGAACUACUUAGAUCGGUAUCUUUCAGGGAAUGCUAUGAAUAGGCAAAGGUUACAACUACUUGGUGUUUCAUGCAUGAUGAUUGCCUCUAAAUAUGAGGAGAUUUGUGCUCCUCAGGUGGAAGAAUUUUGUUAUAUAACCGACAAUACUUACUUAAAAGAAGAGGUUUUGCAAAUGGAAUCUGCUGUCUUGAAUUAUCUUAAGUUCGAAAUGACAGCUCCAACAGUUAAAUGUUUCUUAAGACGAUUUGUUCGUGCAGCUGCUCAUGAUGUCCAGGAGAUCCCUUCACUUCAACUGGAGUACCUAACCAACUUUAUUGCCGAAUUAUCUCUCUUGGAGUACAGUAUGUUGAGUUAUCCUCCAUCACUGGUAGCUGCUUCUGUAAUUUUCCUUGCCAGAUUUAUACUUUUCCCUUCAAAGAAACCAUGGAAUUCUACAUUGCAGCAUUACACGCUCUACCGGCCUUCUGACUUGUGUGCAUGUGUAAAAGAUCUCCAUCGUCUUUGUUGCAGCAGCCAUGAUUCUAAUUUACCUGCAAUCAGAGAUAAAUACAGUCAGCAUAAGUACAAAUGUGUAGCCAAGAAGCACAUCCCUCCUUCAAUACCUCGAGAAGUUUUCCAGAUCAACUGAACAAAGGAAUUCAACGACUAUCCAAUAAUUAGGAUGCACAUGCUAAGUUUUGACAAAGCUUCAGUCUCUCAAUGAUGCAAGGACCAUUUCCUGUUAGAAGCAUAGUUGGAACCAGGAAGAGGAGAGGACACAUGUGCUGGUGGAGCUAGUGUGUUCUUCUAUGGUUCGAUGUCUAUGCUCAGUUGCACACCAUGAAGAGCUUGAAAAAAAUGACAUGAUUUCCACUCGGUUCCUUCUUAUUAUUAAAAAGAAUAAAAAACAAACUUAGCAUGUGUUAGUAUAAUUUAGUAAAAAGCCAGAGGAUUGAAGUUGAAUUUUUCUUUCUUUUUUAUUCUAAAAAAUUGAACUUAGGUAUCAAUGGGUUUACAACUAGGGACUUAAAUGAGUUAAGUUAUUAGUAAACUAUUGAGUUCGACUUGUUAAAUAAAUUAAAUAAACAAACUAAAGCUUUGGAUUUGACUCAAUUAUUUAAAUAAGUCAAACUUAAGUUUUACAAACUGAA